GCCCCUACCUUUCAUUUCUCUCUGUGGAAACUCUGGAGCGACGUCGUUUCAUCAUCUCUCUCGUUAGGAUCAUCUUCCUUUCUUCACUAUCACAAUCUCUUUCUCCUCUCAGAUGCCUCGUGCUUCAUCCAAGAAAGCCUCCAGCGCUUCAACCACUUCAUCCACCAUGGAUCUCUUCCGCUCCGCUUCAGGUAAAGCAGCAAGUAAAGAGUUAGACCGAAUCGAUCAAGUUUUUUAUACCUAUGCGAAUAAGUCAUCUGGUUUAAUUGACCCUGAAGGAAUUGAGGCUCUUUGUUCGGACUUGGAAGUGGAACAUACUGAUGUUCGCAUAUUAAUGCUGGCUUGGAAAUUGCAAUCGGAAAAACAAGGAUACUUUACCCUGGAGGAGUGGCGAAAAGGACUUAAAGCACUGAGAGCUGACACAUUCCAGAAGUUGAAGAAAGCUCUUCCCGAACUGGAGAAGGAGGUCAGAAGGCCAUCAAACUUCGUAGAUUUCUAUGCAUAUGCAUUUCGGUAUUGCUUAACCGAGGAGAAACAAAAGAGCAUAGACAUUGAAAGUAUCUGCGUACUGCUGGAUCUUGUUUUAGGCUCUCAAUUUCGGCCUCAAGUCGAAGCACUGGUUCAAUAUUUAAAAACGCAGAGCGAUUACAAGGUCAUCAAUAUGGAUCAAUGGAUGGGAUUUUAUAGAUUUUGCAGCGAGAUAAGCUUCCCCGACUUUAGCAAUUACGAUCCGGAGCUUGCUUGGCCGUUGAUCCUAGACAAUUUCGUCGAUUGGAUGAGAGAGAAGCAAGGGUAGAUCAAAGACUCAUAUUAUAUAUAUACUUAUAUAUAUACAUGAUUAGCACUCAUUCUUAUUUCAUGUGGUUUUUUUUUUUUUUUUUUUUUUGAGGGGGCUUAAAAAUGCUCUCUUUUUCUGAUCUUUCCUUGUUUUCAACUGAUUGCCAGCUUAUAGAGACGAGUGUAGAUGAAAGUUAAUCUCUUGUUUACAAACUCAUAUUAUUCACAUUAUUAUAUAGUUACCUUCAUCCCCCCUUGCAGAAUUUGUGAAGUGGCUCAGUGUAAAUGUACGUGAUCCAACAUUAUUGAGUAUGAUAAGAAUCUUUGUGGAGCUCUUGGAAAAUUUAUUUUUCAGCAAUAUUAUAAGAAAUGAAUACAUGCAAAAAUCGUGCCUAGAAUCGGCGCUUAGGAGCUAGGCGGUGACCGGCCGCCUUGAAUUUCAGCAGCAGACUAAGCGGCCUAGGCGGGCGUUUAGUUGUUGGUAAGCUAUUUUUUGUGUUUUUUUUAAAUGGGUUAUUUCGCACAAACCGGCGCCGUUUUUAGUGAAAUAAUUUUAAAUUGUUCAAAUCGGUGCUUAAAAAAAUUUGAAAUCAGGUACUAUAAUAUUAAUGCUUUGAGUUGUAA